AUGGCUGAUAGUGUAAAGGUGGCAGUGAGAGUAAGACCGUUCAAGGAUUACGAGAUCCAGGGUAAUGCAAAAUGUGUUGUACAAAUGAAUGGCCCUCAAACUAUUUUAAUUGAACCUAAAACCGGAAAAGAGAACAAAUUUACAUUUGAUUAUUCUUACUGGAGCUUCAACAAGAGCGAUGCAAACUAUGCCGAUAAUCAAGUAUUAUGGAAUGAUUUGGGAGAGGCAAUGUUAGCAAAUUGUUGGCAAGGAUACAACACAUCAAUGUUCGCAUACGGUCAAACAGGAAGUGGUAAAAGUUACAGUAUGGUUGGGUAUCCAGGAUUGGAUGAAGGAUUGAUUAUUAAAGCCGGAAACCGCAUUUUCCAAAAAAUUGAAGAAUCCAAAUCCCAAAACGACGUUCCCAUUGAGUACACUGUGGAAGCGAGCAUGUUAGAAAUAUACAACGAAGAAAUUAGGGAUCUUUUUAAUCCAAAAAACAAUCCAAAUGGAGGAUUGAAAAUCAGAGAAGAUCCAAGAACCGGUGUUUAUGUGGAGGAUCUUUCAAAGCAUCUUGUUGCCGAUUACACUGCUAUUAACAAGUUGUUGGAGCAAGGUGAAAAAGCUCGAACUACGGGUGCCACUUUGAUGAAUAAGACAUCAUCCAGAGCCCACACUGUUUUCAUGCUUUAUUUCAAGCAAACCGUUACACAUCCUGAAACCAAGCAAAAAGUUCAAAAGGUUUCCACCAUCAAUCUUAUUGACUUGGCAGGUAGUGAAAGAAUGGCCAGAACCGGGGCAACAGGGGCUCGUGCACAAGAAGGAAUUAAUAUUAACCUUUCGUUGACCUGCUUGGGUAAUGUCAUCAAAGCAUUGGCAGACAAAUGUUCUGGAAAAAAACCUACGAACUUUAUUCCUUACAGAGACUCUAAGCUUACUUAUCUCUUGAAGGAAUCUCUUGGAGGUAACUCAAAGACAAUCAUGAUUGCUGCCAUUUCUCCAGCUGACGUCAAUUUUGAGGAAUCUCUGUCAACUUUAAGAUAUGCCGAUAGAGCCAAACAAAUUGUUAACAAGGCUGUUAUUAAUGAAGACCCGUCAGCUAAAAUUAUUAGUCAGUUAAGAGCAGAAAUAGAACGACUUAAGGCCCAACUUUCUGGAAAUGGAGAAAAUGCAACUGGAGAUCAAGCAUACGGUACCACAACCAAUGGCAUUUCUCAAGCUGAAUAUGAUGCGCUCAAAGAACAGCUUGAGCAGUCACAAAAGCUGAUGACUGACAUGCAAAUGACCACAGAGGAAAGAAUUAAACAAACAGAAAUGAUGGCCAAGGAAAGAGAGGCUUUCUUAAAGGAUCUGAACGUUGACUUGAAUUUUGAUAAGAAUAAGUCACACAUCUCUAAUCUUAACGAAGAUCCUUUGCUUAGCGGUAAACUAAAUUACUACAUACAAGAGGAAACAACUAUUGGAUCCAGCGCUGAAAAUAGUGUUAAGAUUCAAGGAGUUGGAAUUUUAGAUCGACAUGCUACUUUCAAUAAUGGCAAUAUCACUCCUUGCAUAGGGGCCAAGAUAUACUUGAAUGGUGUUGAGAUUAAGGAAAAAACAAAAAUCAAGAAUGGAGACCGGAUUGUGUUUGGAACACAUUUAAUUUAUCAAUACAACGAUCCAAAGGAGGGUCCUAUUUGCUUAGCAGACUGGAAAACAGCAUUUGAUGAAGUUAGUAAGGCGAUGUUUGAUGAAAAAGCGGCUGAACUUGUAAAGGAGCACAAGAAGAGAGAGCAAGAACUUCAAGAAACAAUCAAUUCAGUUAAAAGCGAAAUUGAUAGACAAAGACAAGAACAAAAGCUUCUGAUCCAAAAGGAAAUGGAUGCUGCAAAGCAAAAGGAGGAGCAAAUGAAAACGGAAUUCUCUAAGAAGGAGCAACUAUUGCUUGCUGAGUUACAGGCUGCAAAGAAUGAUGAAGAGAAGAAAAAACAAAUUGAAAAGAUGUUGGCUGAUGAAAAGAAGAAGAAUGAGGAACAAAUCGUACUAUUUCAAAAACAACUUGAACAGUCGAAGCUUGACAUUGCCUCCUCCUAUCAAAAGCAAAUCAUGGAGUUAGAAGCAAAAUUGAUGGCAGAAUUAGAUCUUGGUAAGAAACACAAAGAAGAUCUGGAACGUGAAAACCAAAAACUUCAACAACAAAUCAAAGAUAAAGAGCUGGAGUAUGAAAAGAAAAUAUCCGAAGAAAAGGAGUUCCUCCAAAAGAAAGAACAAGCCCUUCAGGAAGAAAAACAAAGAAGAGAGGUGGAAAUUACAAAGAUAAUUGCAGAAAACCAACAUAACUCUGCAUUAGUUGCGCAAUACCAAGAAGAGUUAGCAAAGGAGAAGGAGAGAAUUGACAAUUUGAUAAAAGCCCAAGUUGAAAUGUUCCAGAAGUCAGAGGAGAGAAUCAGAUCUCAUAUUAAUUCAGAAGUUGAAGAGUUGAAGGCCCAGCUUGAAAAGUCAAAGCAGGCUGAGGAAGAGGCAAGAAAGUACAAGGACCAACUUGCAAAAGUUGAAGAAGAAAUGUCCAGAAAGUCAAAAGAACAUGAAGAACUAAUGCAAAGAGAGAAGGAAAAGUUUUCCAUGAGAGAAAAGGAGCUACUCGGUACUCUUCAAGCGCGAGAGAAAGAACUAAUGGAUAAAAUACAAAAAGGAGCUUCAGAAGAGGAGAUCAAUGAGUUAAGAAAGCAAUUAAUUCAAGAAAAACAAGAAAAGCAGCAAUUACUUGAGCAAGAGCGGGCUGACUAUGAAAGAAAAGUGCAUGAAAACAGAAUCAAAAUGACAGCUGUACGAGCAAUUUUCAAAACCCAAAUUCAAAAAUCUAACACAAUAGCGGCCGCUGCAUCAUCUAAGGCAGAAGAGAAAAUUACUCUACUACAACAGAAGUACUUGGAAGAAAAGCUGGCUCAACAAGAGGAAAUAGAGCGUCAAAAGCAAGAAAUGGAAAGACAACAGCUAGAAACACAACGACAAUUAGCUGCAAAACAAAGUGAGCUACUUUUGAGCAAUGAGCAAAAUACUAAAGCCAUGCUUGAGCAAAUGAGAUUGUUGGAGCUGGAAAAAGAAGAACGAGAACGUGAUUUCCAAAGAAAAGAAUUGGAAAUGUCAAUGAAACUCUUUGAUAUUGAAACACGGCUACAAAACGAGAUGGCUGAAAAGGCGCAACUUAUCAUUGAUAAAGCCGUGAAAAGCACAGUCGUUGCUUCCAAUGAAAGUGCUGGGGCUGUCAAUGUACUGAUACCUUGGAUACAAGAAGCCAAUUUGAUGCUCACAGAGUUGAAAAAGGAGAUUACUUUGGAUCUUAGAUUGGUAGGAUCUGACAUUAGUGUUGAGGUAACCGAUAAGACUAGUGGAAACACUGAGGUUUGGAGCCGAGACAAAUUUGAAACCAAGCUCGUUGAAAUGAGAAACUACUAUUUCAAUAUGAAGAAUGGAAUUUGGAUGGACCCUUCCCAAGAUCCAUUUGUUUCAAUCCAAAAAGUUUCUAUCAUUCAAAAAGAAGACCCAUCUGCUUUAAUGGAAAGAAUCAAGAUUUUAGAAGGCCAAAAUCAGCAGUUACAAAAUGAAAAGGCUCAUAUUUUGGUUGAUUUGAACAUUGCUCUUGCUGAAAAUGAACAACUCAGGGCAAAAGCAAAGAAAACAGGCACGAAAUCAACAAAGAAAAUCAAAUCCAAGAUCAAGCACUUGAAAAAACAACUCGAAGAAAUUGCCUCUAAACACAAGGUUGAGGAAAUACUAUCCACUUUUGACGAGCUUGUUGGAAGUGACAGUGACAAUGAUAGUGACAGCGAUAGUGACAAUGAUGACUUUGACGCUAUGAUCAAAAAAGCAAAAUCUCUAACAAAGACUGUUGUUAAGGGUGUCAAAGAAAUCAAACAAGAAAUUGAAGCAAACAUUCCACCUCCAAAAAGUGCUGCCAAGAAAUCAAGAGGGGAUGGAAAGAACCAAUCUAGCGUCUGUGUUGUUCAAUAA